AGAAUAAAAGGAAAUCAUGCGUGAUGGUUUAAACAUCCGUUCUUGAAUGGUUGAAUUGUCUUUUAUAAAUCUGUCAACUUUUGUGGAUGCCAUGCAUCAUUUAAAGGGUUAAAAUUCACUUUGGUGUAGAAUUAUUUCAAGUUGUGGGUGCUCAUGCAACAGUACUUUUAACUACUGACUUAUGAAACUACUGUUACUCUAAAACAACUGCUUCAGCAUUUUACACUAAGCAGGAAGAGACACUUCCUUAUAUACCACAAACAUCCUCCAUUGUUGCAACAAAUUUACUUCUACUUCGAGGGGAGAGUGAGGAGUGUUGUAACACAAAAACUACACAGCAACUCUGACUGUUGAACAACCAUGACGUCGAACAACACUGUACAUCACUGUGGUAUGUCAACUCAGAACCUGGUUGCAGCCGUCCUUCCUCCUUUACUCAUCAUCGAGCUGUUACUUGGACUACCUGGCAAUGUCUUGGCACUGUCAGUCUUCAGCAAAAACUUUAAGUCUUGGAGGGCUAACGUCAUGUUCCUCUUCAACCUGGUUUUGUCUGACUUUCUGCUUCUGGUGAGCCUACCCUUCCGUAUUGACAACUUCAUACGUGGCGAGAAGUGGAUAUAUGGAGACGCAUGGUGUCGGGUCAACCUAUUUAUGCUGUCAGUCAAUCGUUCGGCUAGCAUUGCCUUCAUGACUGCCGUGGCUGUUGACCGCUACUUUAAAGUGGUCCAUCCGCAUCACAAAAUUAAUCACAUAAGCACAAAACAAGCAGCUGGGGUUGCCUGCCUCAUCUGGAGUGUUGUGAUAUCUCUAAGGAUCCCUUUGCUGGCCAACAAUCUUCUGAGUGUGAAAAAUAAUGAUUCUCAUUGUAGGAGCUUCAGUAACUAUGAGAAACCACCACUAGGCAUCUACCUGCAUUAUGCAGUGUUUAUUUCAGAGUUCUUUGUGCCUCUAGUACUUCUAGUCUUCUGCUCUGUUCGAAUUGCAUGUAUCCUACGGUCUCGCCAGAUGGACAAGGACAAGAGAGGUCAAAGGGCUAUUCGAACUGUACUAGUGAUUGUUGGGGUUUUUGUCUUCUGUUUCUUCCCUAGCAUUGCCACAGGAUUGACAACACUCUAUUUUAAAAGUCUUGGAGACAAGUACUGUAAGGCUUACAAUCUCACCGGUCAGCUGUUCUCUAUGUCCAUAGCCUUCACCUACCUAAACAGUGCUCUGGACCCGGUCAUCUACUGCUUUUCCAGCUCUAUCUUCCGCAAUUAUUUGAAAAGAGCCAUAAACCAGUCGGGAUUAAUGAAGCUACAGAUGAGCCGACGGGACAGUAUGCCCAGCGGAAGUGAUUGAAUGGAUUAGGGUUUUAUGAGCAUUGGUGCAGUGUUACUGCUUAAUAUACAAUGACUUUUUCAUUAUAGUUUUGUUUGUCUAGUUUUCUUUAUUAACAUAUGAUAUAUGUAAUGACAUAUGUAAUAUUAUAUUUUUGGACAUAUUUUUUUAUGAUGCAUAUAGAACAGAAAUUGUAUAUAAUACAUCAUGUCAUGAUCUGCUUUUAAUGUAAUUAAUAAAUAAAAAAUAAAUAAAAUAAAGCCAUAUAACAAUGAUAAUGAAAAAAAAGAAAAAAGUAAAUUUAUUUAUUUAUUUAUUUAUUGUUUUAGAAAUUUGGAUAAAGAAUUAAAUCUGUGGACAGAAAACAUGGGAUUAAUUUAUUAAUUAUUUUAUAAAUAUCUUAAUAUAUAUUUCAAUAUUAUCAGUGUAGGUAGAUCUGUUUGGACAUGAUAAUCCCAAUUUCUCAUUACAGUGUCUCUGCUGGCAUCCAUAUUAUAAUGAAAUAACUUUAAAAAAAAAAACUUAUUUGGAGCUCUCCUGUGGAACUCCUGUGGAUAUGUAUUAAAUAUUGGUUAAGACUACAGUGUAACAGCAAACCCACUGGCUUAUUUGAGUACCUUACCAACUAAAUGAACAAUCUUUUGUUCUAUUAAUUAUCAAUUAUUAUAAAUUAUCAAUAAUCAAGUAGCAUACUAACAACAAUUGACAUGUUAUUGUUUUUUAUCCACAAUUCAGAUUCUAUUACACACCACCAAUAAACUGCAACAGCAACUACAA